CCGGAAGUGAAGAGUGACCGCGGCGGUACUUGCCGCUAUGUUUAUUUUGUUAUGAGUAAAAUGGCGACGGCCAAGUUGGGUAAAGGAAAGAAGGCGGUCAGCCAGGAGGAGUUGAGGCGGCUUAUGCGACAGAAACAGCGAGAGACAUCUCAAAAUAGGAAACGAGUCGAAUCUCCUUUUGCAAAGUACAAUAGUCUCGGCCACUUAACCUGUGUACUGUGCAAUACUCCCAUUAAAAGUGACAUACUAUGGCAAGCACAUAUUCUUGGUAAACCGCAUAAACAGAAAGUCGACGAACUGAGAAGCUCGGAACAAACCUCUCCUGCCCCUGUUAGCAAUACACCAGCAGCCUUAGAUCUGAAGAGGAAAGCACCAAGUGUAACCGAUCCAGACGUGAAGAAAGUAAAACAAGAAACAACCCAUUCUACAGAAUCAGAUCUUCCAGCUGACUUUUUUGAUAGUAAAAAUUCUAAAGGAGUGUGUAGUUCUUCAGUUUCACAAACACCUGGCCUACGAUUGCUAGCUAACGAUUAUGAUGAUGAUGAUGACGGCGACGAUGAUGGAAAUGAGAAUUCCAAGCCAGUAUCUGGGAAUGGUAUUCUGAAGAAAAGUACAGAGAAUCCUCCAGUAGUAGCGGACAAACUUCCUUCAGAUUUUUUUGAUAGCAGCAUUCCCAUUCCGUCUCAUUCUGGGUCCAUUCAAAAAGCAGAGGAGUCUGAAAAGCCAACUGAAAAAAAGGAGAAUGUUUCUGAAGCUUUACCUGAAGGAUUUUUUGAUGACCCUGUUAAAGAUGCAAAGGUACGGAAUGUUGACACACCACAGGACCAAAUGGAUAAAGAAUGGGACGAGUUCCAAAAGGAAAUGCGACAAGUUACUAAUGUGUCUGAAGCAAUAGUAGCAGAAGAUGAUGAGCAAGGACGUUUGGACCGUCAGAUUGGAGAAAUUGAUGAACAAAUUGAGUGCUAUCGACGUGUUGAAGUCCUCCGAGACAAGCAGGAAUUAUUUAAGGAAAAUUUAAAGAAACACAUGAAAUCCACAUCCACACACACUGCUGAUGAAACUGACAGUGAAGGUGAAGAGGAACUUCAGGAUCUUUUGUCUUCAGAUUGGAGGGCAAAGGGCAGUUUAUUAUUUCAGCUCUCAACACGCCUCUGAAGACACUGUUCUUUUUCCCUCCUGACUUGCUUUUCAUGUUUCAUAUUCUUUCAACAACCUAACAAAUGUUUUCAGUAACUUCAGAUGCCAAUAAAAAUGACAGUCAUGGAUAAAGGAAAA